CAUUUUUUUUGAAUAAAUUAAGUCCUUCAUCAUUUACUUCUUUCAGUCCCAAGUUUUUUGUGAUUAAAAUUUAAAGAUGGGUUCCAUCGGAUCGAUUUUGCACAUAGACUUAUUAGAACGUAUACUUUGACCAAUUGGGUUGUAGAUAACUAACUUGGUAGAGAAUUGUUAUCGUAAUUGACCCAAACUUUUAAUAAUCUUUUAAAGACACAUUUUGACUUUUUCAACCUAAUUCUUACGUGUCCUGUUUUCAAUUCAUCAAUUUAUGUGACGGUCUGCUUUCAAAAAAAAAUUAGGAUCUGUUUUUUUUUUUUGAUACGCAAGAGGCAAGCAGGCUGGAUCGAAUCUUGGGCUUUUUGGGCCAACACUAGUUAUUGUCGAUCUGGUUUACCAUUUUCAUGGUCGGUCUUAGAAGAUGAAAAAAACGACUUUUAAGGUUUUCUUUUGUUUGAAGCUUCUACUAGUAACCGACCCUCUCUUGCAAAAAAACAAAUGACCCUCUCUUGCAAAAAAACAAAUGACCCUCUCUUUACAGAAACUCUAUGCAAAUGAUUUCUCCAGUUUUGAAAUUAAUAAUUGAGGGCACUACACAAUUCCCAUUUAGAAAAGCUUUCUUUUGUGGGGUCGUCUUCAACCUCAGAGGCUCAAAGAGACAGUUUUUAAGUCAAAUUGCAGUCUUUAUUUUCUUUAUACCUAGAAAAUUAGUAUUAUUAUACUCUUUUUCACACACUAGUUGAACAAACUUUUAACUCUCUCACCCACUCCUCUGAAAAAUCUUUUUGGUUUGAUUUGUUUUCUAUAUGUUUUUUGUUCUCUUCUUCUUGUUUCUUCUUCAUCUAAUUCUCUUCUUCUUACCCUAAAAAAAUGGAUCCUUCAACUCCAAGUUUACUCUACACCUCCAUCUUUUACUUCGCACUAUUAGCAACUCAAACCCUCUCUCUUGAUCCGAAGUUCAAGGCUUGUGAGCCGAAAUCAUGCGGCAGAGGUCCCAAUAUCUCCUAUCCAUUCUAUCUAUCAGGCAAGCAAGAAUCCUUUUGUGGCUAUCCCAGUUUCGAACUCACUUGUGAUGAUGAUCAGAAGCUCCCUCUUCUCGGGAUCUCUGGUGAGGAUUACCUCAUCAAAAACAUAUCUUACUUGACGCAGUCGUUUCAGGUCGUGAACUCAAAGGCGUCUCAUGAUGAUCCAUGUCCCAGCCCUUUGCACAAUCUUACCCUCCAUAGAACACCUUUCUUUGUGAACCCUUCUCAUAUCAACUUCACCAUACUUUACAAUUGCUCCAACCGCAUGCUGGAGGAUGUUAGGACAUACGCUCUUACUUGUCCUGGCAACGAGAGUCUUCUUCGAUCUUUUGGGGUCUUUGACAGGGAGAAACUAGGAAAAGAGAGAAAUAUAGCAUCCCUGUCGUGCCAGAAACUAGUCGAUGUUCCUGUUUUAGCUAGUAAGGAGUCUGAUGUGAUGGGUAUGACUUAUGUCGAGAUUUUGAAGAGGGGUUUUGUUCUGAAUUGGGCUGCAAACAGUUGUUCCCGCUGCAUCACCAGCGGCGGGAGAUGUGGAACUGAUCAACAAGAAUUUGUAUGCUUAUGUCCUGAUGGACCUAAAAUUCAUGAUAGUUGCAAGAAUGGCAGUACUCGUAAGAGAAGAGUGAAGGUGAAGAUCCUCAUUGGUGUUGCCGCUGGGAUCUUGGGAAUAUUAGCUGCGAGCAUCUGUUGUUAUGUAUACCAUCGUAGAAAAACAAAAAGUUAUAGAACUUCUUCAGCAUUGCCUCCAAGAAACAUCUCCUCAGGUCCAUCUUCAAAGUCUUUCGAUGUUGAGAAAGCAGAGAAAUUAUUAAUUGGAGUUCAUCUUUUCUCUUACGAAGAGCUUGAAGAAGCUACUAAUAACUUCGACCCUUCUAAAGAACUCGGUGAUGGAGGCUUUGGUACUGUCUACUACGGUAAGCUUAAAGAUGGAAGAAGCGUAGCUGUGAAACGGUUAUACGAUAACAACUUCAAAAGAGCAGAGCAAUUCAGGAACGAAGUUGAGAUCUUAACGGGUUUACGCCAUCCGAACCUCGUGGCUCUCUUUGGAUGCUCCUCAAAACAGAGCCGGGACUUACUGCUAGUGUAUGAAUAUGUUGCAAACGGCACGUUAGCUGAUCAUCUACAUGGUCCACAAGCUAACCUUAGCUCGCUUCCUUGGUCUACUCGGCUCAAGAUCGCUGUUGAAACUGCCUCUGCCUUGAAGUAUCUACACGCCUCCAAGAUCAUCCAUCGUGAUGUUAAAUCCAACAACAUCCUUCUCGACCAAAACUUCAAUGUCAAGGUAGCGGAUUUUGGACUCUCAAGGCUGUUUCCGAUGGAUAGAACGCACGUAUCAACCGCUCCACAAGGAACUCCAGGCUACGUCGACCCAGAUUACCACCUAUGCUAUCAACUCUCGAGCAAAAGCGACGUGUACAGCUUCGCGGUAGUGUUAAUGGAGCUUAUCUCCUCGCUUCCAGCAGUCGAUAUCACAAGACCGCGCCAAGAGAUCAACCUCUCGAACAUGGCAGUCGUUAAAAUCCAGAACCACGAGCUACGCGACAUAGUGGAUCCGUCACUAGGGUUCGACACGGAUACAAGAGUGAGACAGGCGGUGAUCGCUGUCGCUGAGCUGGCGUUCCAAUGCUUGCAGUCGGAUAAAGAUCUUAGGCCGUGUAUGUCGCACGUGCAGGAUACGCUGACGAGGAUACAGAUCAAUGGUUAUGGCUCGGAAAUUGAGGUUUUAGAUGUCACGAAGAGUGGACCGUUGGUUACGCAGUCUCCUGAUAGUGUAAUUGUGAAAUGGGACAGUAAGUAAAUUAGACUCAGACGGACACUAACAUUUGAAUGUGUUGAUUAUGUUUAUUAAAAUUUGUCAACUGACAGUUAGAGACUGGUGUUUGUGUUCUGUAAUAGAUGACAUUUUUGGGAUUGUAUAUAUGAUCUGAGUUUCGUAAAUAAAUUUAUACAUUACUCUC